AUGUCCUUACCAGUUGUACAGUUCGUAGAAAAAACAGCUGAGGGUAAGGCGAUGACGGUCGCACAAUCUAUGGCACCUCACGACUUUGACUUCAUAAUCGGAUGCGACACAGUGAUCACAUUAGAUGGGCGAAUCAUCGGAAAACCAAAGAAUCUCGAAGACGCCCGCGCUACUUUACAGAAGUCUAAUUUAACAGAUUCACUACCGAAUCUUGUGGGACCUAAAGCGUUCUCACCAGUUAAAACUAUAUAUCUCACAGCAAAUAAUUCAGCUAUUUCUAGACUAAGCGGAAGAGUACACGAAGUUUAUUCUGGAGUAGCGCUGGUUGAUAGUAACAUGAAAUGUGAGGUAUUUCACGAGAAGACCGAAGUUAAGUUCAGUGUGAUUCCUGACCAAGUUUUGGAUGAUUACAUUAAAGCUGGCGAGUCAUUAGGUCGCGCAGGAUCAUAUGGAAUUCAAGGCCAAGCGGCAUUGUUUGUUGAGAAGAUCAAUGGUUGUUACUACAACGUUGUCGGUUUACCAAUCAACAAGAUUUUCCAAAAACUGGUUGGGAAGGUGCAGUUCUUCAGAAAUAACUAG